AUGAGCAUCCGUGAUGAACUGGUGGGGAAGCUAACCGCGGCGCUGGCCGAGCUUCAGCGGCGCCAUGCCGCUUCCGUCAAUGUCCCCCUUGACAGCGAAUUGCUUGGGGCAGUCGCUGAUUACAUUGAGCAGGGUGUGGAGGGGCAGACGACGUUGCAGCGGCUACACGGAGCUCUGCUGCAGUCGGUGGCAGCUUCCGGGGACGCCAUUCCUGCGGUGAAAGGAGGCGGCAGUGCAGUUGCAGGAGAGACAGGGUCGUUGGAGGACUCCGCGGAGGACCUGGGACGACGGCGUGCGGGGCGUCUUCUCGCACAGGCGCUCGCGCUACGUUUCAGUUAA